AUGUCGACUGCCAUUCAGCUCAGGCGAAAGUCUUCCGAAUCAGAGCUGAGCGAGAUCUUCAAACAUUUAGCCGAGAUAAAGCAGGAUGAUUGUAAUAACAAUCCACAUGAACGCCUGUGGCAAUCAGAUGGUUACAUCAAAGAACCAUCACUUACGAAUCCGUCGUAUACAAAGAUAAGGUCGCCUCGUCGUUCAGUCUCGUUUCCUUCAAGAUCUCCAAUUCGCCUUCAGGAUGGCGCUUCGGUUGAUGAUGUACUGAUGUCUAGUGUUGAACAAGAUUCGCCCACGAGUCCUCGAGAAAAUGGGUAUACAAACUCAGAUGCAGAAGACAGAAUCUCGCUCCUUGAGAAGAAAAUAUCCCUCCAAGAGGAUGAGAUAACUUUACUGAAAUCAGCUCUAGCAAGUGCUCUAAGGAGGCUUGGUACAGUAGAGGAACAAGUCAAAAAAACAAGCAGAGGUCGCAUGAUGCCAUCAAUACCUACGUCUGCUGUAACAUCCAGUCACCCUGUACGUCCAUCAAGACACUCUGUGUCCUCAGUACCAAACACUGCUAAAACAGACAAAAACAACGAGGAAAAUGAUAGUCAGACUUCGUUGAACUUUGUGAAGGGAUUACUGAGGACCAUUCGAGACAAAUCUCCUGUACGCCGUCACCUGAGCGAUAAACUAGUGAAUACUUCUAAUAUCACAUCAACUGUGUCUACGUCUGAGGCAUCGGUCAACGGUGCAACGUCUUUGACCUCAUUAUUAAACACUCACGAGAACAAGCCAGAUAAAGCCAAACCCUCGACUAGUGUCCAUGACGAUUCUACCAAAGCAUUGCAUGCAGAUCAGAAAUCUCACGAUACUUCAUUAGACCAAAAGUCGGCUCAAGAUAAACCGCCAGUUCUAACGCCUACUGAUUUGCAAGUCAAAGAAAAGACUCCGAGUCCUUCUUCCUCCUCAGGAAUCAAUGCCACAACAACAUUAACCAGCCCUGCUACAGGUACGGCGCGCACACGAAAACUAAGUCCUUCUUCAGAGAACAUUUCUAGAACUGUUAAGGAAAGUCAAGAAUCUUCUUUAGAAGAAAAUAAAAAACACAGUAAACUACAGUCUACGAGCUCGAACAGUUUACACGUGCAAGACAAUCUGAAACCAUCCCGCUCCAGUCCUACCUCAGAGAUCAACUCCAAGACAUCAUACAGUCGACCUGCAACCACUUCUGCGCGUGCGCGCAAAUUGAGUGAUAGUGGUGUCGCAAAACCAAAACGGAAAAUAGGACGUGCUUCGAGUGAAUUGGAUUUAAGAGGUCGCCAACGAUCUCGAACCGUUGAUUCGUUGUCCCUGCCUUCGUCUAUUGCUACUGUUAAGAGGAAAAAUUCAAGCGGAGGAACGAGUUUAAGAAGAGCAGCAUCCACAAGCUCACUCGUGGGUAAAGAAGAGAACAACAACAAAACAAAAGGGGCCGGGCCUGACUGUGCUGUGUAUUUCAGUUCAGAUUUCUUUCUUUCUUUCUUUCCAGAUGAGCCAACGCGGUUGUACAUCCGUGGUCGUUCACUCAACCUUUACCCUCCGAGUGAUUACGUAGAAGAUAAAACUGUGAGGCUCCCCCCGGAACAGAAGCUAGAGCUUGAAUGGGUGURUGGGUACAGGGGAAGAGAUUGUCGCGACAAUCUGUUUUACUUACCAACCGGUGAACUGGUGUAUAACAUAGCAGCCGUGGUGAUCCUGUACAACACAGGGACUGGGAACCAGAGACACUACCUGGGACAUAAUGAUGACGUCAAAUGCAUCGCUCUUCAUCCCAACAAACUCUACAUCGCCAGCGGUCAGGUUGCAGGACACGACAAAGAAGAAGGACGAGUGAGUACAUUGAAAUCUCUCUGAUGUGCAGCCGUUAGUGCGCAAUUGCCCCACGUGCGAAUAUGGAACUCGUUGACGUUAGAAACAUUGCAAGUUCUCGGGAUAGGAGACUUCGAGCGAGCAAUAUCAUGCUUGGCCUUCUCCAUUCAGGACGGCGGCCGCCAUCUUUUGGUGGUGGACGAAGCUAAUGAACACGUGAUUUCCUACUGGGAAUGGGAAACCAAACGCAAGAUAACUGAAAACAAGGGCUCUAGUGAUCCCGUGCUGAUGAUCGCCUGUCAUCCACGUGACCUGUCAAUCAUCGUGACAUGUGGCAAGUCUCAUAUUGCGUUUUGGACCGUGUUGGAGUCAGGAGGACUUUCCAAGAAGAUGGGAGUGUACGGGAAAUUUGACAAGCCUCGUUUCGUUUUAUGCAUAUGUUUCUUGAGUGACGGAAACAUGUUAUCUGGUGAUUCAAAUGGGAACAUCUUUGAAUGGCCGCAAGGUGCCAAUCGUAUCGGUAAGGCAGUAUUGGGCGCACAUGAAGGGCCGAUAUUCUCGUUGUGUGCUCUAGAGGAUGGACAGUUCCUUUCAGGAGGGGGUCGUGAUAGACUGGUUGUUCUAUGGAAUAAUGAGUACAAGCCCCUUAGAGAAAUAAAACUUGACGAGAGCGCUGGUCCAGUAAGAUCUAUUGCGCAUGGUCCUGUCCAGGAAGAUGGUCGCUUCGUAAUGGCCGUUGGUACUACCAGGAACUCGAUACUCCAAGGAACUUUUGAUGAUGGAAUGUCGUUCUGCAUAACGGGACAUACUGAUGAGUUAUGGGGUUUAGCUGUUCAUCCGACACGUCGCAUGUUUGUCACGUGUGGUUAUGAUAAGCAGAUCAUGAUGUGUAAUGGUGACGUUCAUUCAACUAUCUGGAGAAAACAAUUGGAGGAGUCCCUUCAGUCAGCGGCUUUCCAUCCAAAAGCCUUUGUACUUGCAAUAGGUACACAGAGCGGCAAGUGGAUGGUCCUGGACUCCACUAAUGGGGAUCAACUGGCGACAUUCCAUGAUGGCCCUGAACAACUUGAUGCUAUUAAGUACUCACCUGAUGGUAAAUAUAUCGCAGUUGGUUCGCAUGAUAACUUCAUCUACUUGUACACCGUGAGCGAAGAUGGACGCACCUACAAAAGACAUGGAAAACUAUCGGGUCAUUCAAGUUUUGUGACGCAUCUUGAUUGGUCAAAAGACAGCCAAUAUCUGCAGAGUAAUUCUGGUGAUUACGAGAUUCUAUACUGGAACGCUCAGCGGUGUAAACACGUAGUGUCAGCCUACGCCAUGAGAGACAUUCAGUGGGAGACUUGGACGUGCGUUCUGGGAUUUCCUGCUUGCGGUAUUUGGCCUGAGGGUGCUGAUGGCACGGAUAUUAAUGCUUGUUGUAGGUCAACUGGAGCGGAGUUUCUUGUUACAGGAGAUGAUUUUGGGCAGGUUAACUUUUUCAGAUUCCCUGUGGCGAAGUUAAAGUCUGACUGUCAAAACUGCGUUGGUCACAGUUCGCACGUGACGUGUGUUCGUUUCACGUGUGAUGAUACAAGGGUGAUAUCUACUGGUGGUAAAGACUGUAGCGUAAUGCAAUGGAAGGUGGUCAAUAACUAACGAUAUACCAUCCUCGUACAUAUAUCAAUAUAACAGGGUGAUAUCUAAUGGUGAUGCAAUGGAAGGUGGUCAAUAACUAACGAUAUACCAUCCAUGUACAUAUAUCAAUAUAACAGAGUGAUAUCUACUGGUGAUGCAAUG